UUGGCCUUGGCAGAGUUAUACGAAGAUGAAGCUAAAAGGCAGUCAUUGUGUUCUGACAAACCAACAACUAAAAAUAUCAGUAACACAAAAGUAUCACAGAGUCUUAAAAUUGAUUCUCUUAGAAGGUUGAGAAAACCAGAGAGAAGCAUGAGCGAUGACAAAGAAAACCAAAGAUUUUAUUCAGGUGACUCAGAAUAUAGAAGUUUACAGAUUUCUGGAGCUUCUAAUAAUCCAAGUAAAAUUGUUGCUGAACUCUUCAAAGAAGCAAAAGAACAUGGGGCUGUCCCAUUAGACGAAGCCUCAAGAGCAUCUGGUGAUUUCAGUAAAGCUAAGUCAUUUUCGGGUGGUGGAUAUAGAUUGGGUGACUCAUCACAAAAACACUCUGAAUACAUAUAUGGAGAAAAUCAAGAUGUUCAAAUUUUGCUGAAACUAUGGAGGAAUGGCUUCAGUUUAGAUGAUGGUGAAUUGAGAUCCUAUUCAGAUCCAACAAAUGCUCAGUUUCUUGAGUCUGUUAAAAGAGGGGAAAUCCCUGUGGAACUGCAGCGACUUGUUCAUGGUGGCCAGGUUAAUUUGGAUAUGGAAGACCACCAAGAACAGGAAUAUGUGAAGCCUAGACUGCGAUUCAAAGCUUUCAGUGGAGAAGGGCAAAAACUUGGAAGCCUUACACCUGAAAUAGUCAGCACACCUUCUUCCCCAGAGGAGGAGGAGAAAUCCAUUCUUAAUGCACCUGUUCUGAUUGAUGAUUCCGUGCCAGCGACUAAAAUUCAAAUUAGAUUGGCAGAUGGAAGCCGAUUAAUACAAAGAUUUAAUCAAACACACAGGAUUAAGGAUAUUCGAGAUUUCAUUAUCCAGUCCCGUCCAGCAUUUGCAACAACUGAUUUUGUUCUUGUGACUACCUUUCCAAAUAAAGAGCUAACAGAUGAAAGCCUGACACUACAAGAAGCAGAUAUACUUAACACUGUGAUUCUUCAGCAAUUAAAGUAAUCUUACAGUUGUUGGUACAAUAUAGGGAGCGUGCUGUGUUGUCAUACAAUAUGUUUCCAACAGAUGAAAAAAAAAAAGGAAAGAUCAGUGUCUUUUUAUUCCCCCACUUCCAUGGAUCAGAUUUUUGGGUUUCACGUCU